CAGAGGUAAAACUGACACUAUUCAGUAAUCACUCAAGAAAUCCGUACUUUGACAGAAGAGGAAGCUACUGUACAAUCAAAAAAAUGAGCACGCAUACCAACUCUAGACGUUACAAAAUGGGUGGUCAUGAUGCAGAAGAGCUGAAGAAUUUCUGGGAAAAAGUCAUCCAAGAGCAAACUAAGCAACGAGAAGGUGAAGAGUCUAGGUUAAGCAAAAGUGCCCUGAACAAACUUCGUCAUGAAUGGACUCUGCGGCUGGAAGGACAAACAAGGCAGGUCCAGGCUCACAGGAAAACACAGAAAGAACAGAUGAUGAUGAUGGCUGUUGAGGCUGUUCCCUUGCCAGAUAAAACUGUUGCUUAAAAUUACUGUGAAAAAACAGAAAGCAUUGAGCAUGACUCUGACCUUCUGCACGCACCUAUAAACCAGCAGGUACACUGCUGAACAAGCAAAAGGUCAGAAUCUGGCCCUUUUGCAGACUACUUACUGGAGUUACUAAUAAAGUCCUACUGAAAUUCAGUGCAAAAAUAAGGCCACAGAACAUAAUCUUGAAAAAAAAUGUAAAGGGACAGAUAAGAAGCAGACACCUUUAUUCUCCAUGAUAUAUUAUUACUGCGAUGCAGCAGGACUUUCUUAUGUAACUCUGCAUUUCCAAGUGACAACAACAUAUUUCUAGGGAAGAGGAUCGCUUGUUUAAUAGGAAUAAUACAUUUAGACAGCUGCAUGCAAAAUUGCACAUUUCCAUUUAGAGAGCUUACAGAGUCUGGCUUAAUGCAGAUAUAAGCUGUUCUGCCUGUCUUGAUGAGCCACAGCAAAGGGAGUUAAGGAUUAGUCUGAUCAGUUGGGCAGAAGGAGAAAUAUAUUCUUUAAUGGAAUCAGGCAAUAACAAUGAACUUUUCUGAUCAACAUAUAAGAAAACUUGCAGAUCUUAAUCAUUAAAUGAACAGAGGAAAGGAUUUUGACUUUCAUGGGGUAGGUAAGAAGACUACUGAAGUUAUUAUGAACCAGUCUGAGAAAUGUCAGAGCAAGUGAGUAUGAAAGAGUUUGAAAUAGGAGGCAGCAAAUCACUUCAUCUCAACAGCACAGGAAUGCUUUGCAAGGUUUCACUUGCCAUACCUGGUGUGCACUAAUCCAAACACUUGCUGCAUUUCAUCUUCUUCUAGGUCAGGUGAAAAAGAGUGAGGAAUAACUAAACACGGGGUAAUAACAGUGUGUUCCAUUUACCUAUAUGUCUGUGUAUCUAAAUAUCAUUUAUUUUGGAUGAAAACAUUAACUUUUUAUGUCUUAAAUUAAUUUCUUUGAUAUGCAAGAGUCAUAAGUCUAAACAACUGUUUUUCUCUAACAAUAUUGAGCCAUAUGGAAUUUUACCUUGCAUCUUUCUAUACACUGAAAAAGGAGAUGGGAAUAAAUUUGAUACAUUUCACAACAAAACAAAAAUUAAACCAUUUACAGACCUCACAGAAAUGCUUUUUUUAUCCUUUUAAGACAUUUCAUUAAAACACACUGUUUUACAGAAUGUUCCUACUUUUACACAGUGGCAGUCUCCUAUAGAAAAAAUCAUGUUAGGCCAAAAAAGUUGAUAAUUCAGGAAGGAUUAAAACAAUUAAAAACUUAUAAAAUGUUAUUUGGUUAUUGAACACUGAAUGGAAUGUAGAAUCAGUCUCUUUUCAUAUAAUCC